AUGGGCCCCGGAGCCCCUUCAUCCUCAGCCGUUAUGCCCCAGUUCGGAUCCGUCCAUGUUCUCGAGCCGCAGUCGCGACACACACACUCUAUCAUCCUCCUCCAUGGCCUUGGCAGUACUGGCGAGGAGUUUGCCGAAGAACUUCUUACAGCAAAGCUCUCUACUGAAAAGACGCUGCGCGAUCAACUUCCUGCUUGCCGCUGGGUGUUUCCUUCCUCCUGCGAGCUAUGGAGCACGGUAUUCGAGGAGGCCAUGCCGGCUUGGUUCGAGGCAUAUUCCCUGACUGAUAUCACGGCGAGGCAGGACUUGCAGAUGGAUGGGAUACGUAAGUCGGUGGCAUACCUGACUAGUAUCCUGGAUGAGGAGAUCGAGAAAUUGGGAGGUGCAGCCGACAGGGUUGUGCUAGGUGGUAUCAGCCAAGGAGGGGCAAUCGGGUUGUGGACUUUGCUCUGUGCCUGUGCCGGCGGAGACACGACAACCAGGCGCAUCGGGGGUUUCCUGGCGGGAAGGACUUGGCUUCCCUUUGCUGAGACCCUUGAGCGGUACCUUACUGGGCCCAGUCAGGCACGCGGGAACCUAGACAUCGCCCCUAGCGAUGGCGCCAGUAUCAACGCAGUGGCAGACGCGUUCGUCCAGAGUAUGACAGCUCGGACGAAACAUACGUUGACAGAACGAGGAUCGUCGGAGCCUCCCUUGCUUUCCAUUCCGGUGUUUCUUGGCCAUGGUGUAGACGAUGCUUAUGUGGACAUCGAGCUGGGGCGGCAGGCGGCACACAUACUGAAAAGGAUCGGGCUGAAGGUUGAUUGGCAAGAGUAUUCCGGCGCGGAGCAGGAGGGGCAUUGGCUCAAGGAGCCAGAGGAGUUCGACGAUAUUGUUCGUUUUCUGGCAUCAGCGUUGGGCUUGAGUUAG